CUCUAUGUACAUAUUUUUAAUUUAAAAAUGCUUCGUUAGAAUAAAUACUAAGCAAUUUGAUUUGAUUUUACCGGCAGUGCCCAAAAAUAAAUAUGAUGUAAUUCUAUGUAAUUUCUAGAAUAGAAAUAGAUGGCAGUAUUAAACGGGUAGGCUUGAGAGAGAGAGAGAAAACAUCACGUCGCAAUAAUUCGUGAUCAGCACGUGUGAAUGUACGUUAUGAAUAAGUUGUUGUAAAAUAAGAGGAAAAUGUAUUUAGAUCCGGAGCUGCCGAGUCCUUUUGAGAUCAUAGUGGGAACGUACGAGCAAUAUCUGCUCGGAUACAAGGUCCAUAACAUCGUAAAUGAAUAUAACAUUGAAAAGAGUUUUGCAACUCACAGCCAUGUUGCAAGCAUACGCAGUGUUUCCAGUAAUAAAUACUACCUAGCUUCUGCUGGUGCUGAUGAAACAGUAUGUUUGUAUGACAUGCGUUCUAGGAGAGAAUCUAUUAAAUUAAUGCAUCAUAAAGAUACUAUUAAUUGCGUAGCAUUUACUCCAGAUGGGUCCCACUUAUUUACAUGCAGUAGCGAUGGAAGUAUAAGUGCUAUUCGUUGUGGUAAUUGGCAACUGGAUAAACACUGGCUAACAGCGCAUAAAGGUUCUGCCGUCAAUAUUUUUGCUAUUCAUCCAACAGGAAAGCUAGCGUUAUCUACUGGAGAAGAUGGUGUGCUUAGAACGUGGAAUCUGGUCAAAGGUAGACAAGCUUAUGCUACUAACUUAGUACCGAAAUUGAAAUCUGAUGCCAAGUGGAUAACAAUCAUUAAGUGGAGUCCGAGUGGUGAACAAUAUCUAUUAGCUAUUAAUAGUAAUAUAUAUGUAUACUCUGUAGAAUCAGCUAGCAUAGAUAGGGAACUUACAUUUGAUUCAAAGGUUAUUUGCGUAGAAUUCUUAAAAGAUACUUUAAUCGCGAUUGGUUUUGAGAAUGGCGAAAUCAAAUUCUGUGAUCUCAGAACUUCGGUGCAUACAGUGAAUACAAAGGCGCAUAGUAUGAGAGUAAAAUGUAUCGCACAUAUGAAUGACUUAUUAGUAAGUGCUUCCAGUUCUGGAGAGAUCAAACUUUGGAAAUAUAACAAGCAUAAUUUGGAUAUGUUGCAAACUGUUAAUUGUGGUGCUAGAAUUACUUGUCUUUGUCUGACACAAACCUAUAAAGAUUUAAUACAACAAGAAGAAGUUAAAUUAGAUGAAGACAAGGAAGUAAAAGGGAAGAACAAGUUCAGAUUGAAACAGGAAGUUAUUAUUGAAAAUGAAGGCGAUUGGGAAGUCACAGACGUUUCAAAUCCUAAAAAAGGAACGUUAAAAAUAAAACAUAAAAGAAAGAGAACUACAGAAGAUAAUGUUCAGAGUUUAAAAAAGAAAAUUCCAGAAUUGAAAGAAACUAUUGCUUUAAAAAGGAAGAAGAAUAUAUUGUCGCAGACAGAAGAUUCUGUUAAUGAUAAACCAACAAAGAAGCAAAAGUUAUUAAAAGCAAACUCUUCCAAAAACGAAAAGAAACGGAAAGAGAACAGUGCUGCAUCGCAAGUCACUUUGCCAAUAAAAAAAAUGAAAAAAAUGGAUAAACUCGAUGAACCAUCUCUCUCUCGCAAAAAGCACAAAGUAAAAUUACCAAUAACAGAUAUCGAAGAUGUUUCACCUAGGAAGAUAAAGAAAAAAGUGAAUGCGGAAAAAGAAGUCGUACUAAAAAGGAAAAAAAAGAAGAUAACACAAUAAAAUAGGAGGAAGAAGUCUCUUUAUAAAAGUUAUUAUUCUCUACCGUGUGAUAUUUACAUGAUAAGCUUAAGGCUAAGAAUAGCGCCUAAGAGUAUAUAAUAAAUUACUCGCUAGUUCCUAUAAUUGUAAAUCAGUCUAUUUACAAUUUCUUAAAAUUAUCACUGCACCAACAACUGUUCUUCUUUCACGAUGUAUAUUCAGCUUGAAUGAAAUAACAGUUUCUGGCA